ACCGGGAGGACAGAGUGCACUAACUUCACUGCGCUGGGUUUCUGCUUAAUGCGAGUCGCACCGGGACAGAGAGCAGUUAUUCAACCUUUUGCUAUAAUUGUAGUUGGAUAAUCACCAAUACUCGCUACUUUCCUCUUUGAGAAAUAUAUUUUAUUGUAAGGAGUGUCAACACAUUGGCACCUCACAGCUGCUGGUCUGUCAACUCACGGUGUGACGUUAACGGUGGAAAUUAAAGCCCGUCAUGUUCAAUCCACACAUCCAUCAACAGCAGCAGCAGCAGCAACAACAGCAGCAGCAACAGUUUCACCAGCACCUGCGGCAGCUACAACAACUUUUCCAGCAGCAGCCUCCACCUCCGCCGCAGCCGCCUCCUGGGCAUCAUGUCGCCCAUCACCACCACCAGGCACAGCGAGCCAUUCCUGUCGCUCCCCAGACAGCCCCUCCUCCCAGGAUGGUCAACCUGUGUCAGGCAACCCAGACUACCAUCCUCGCCCCCAAUCCCAUGCUGCAGGGGGCCCUGCUGAUGCAGCAGAUGCAGGGUAACAUGCGGGCUUUUGGGAUGGCUGGACAACAGUUCCGUCAGUUCUUCACUGCUAGAUCCAGGUCGUCUCUGCUCGGGCCGGUUCCCAUGGGCAUGGCCAUCAAGUCCCCCAUGAUGGGUUUCCCAGCUGGUCGAUCAUUCCACCCACAUGCUCGCUACUACAACAACAACAACAACAACACCACCACCACCACAGCCUCUUCCUCCUCUUCUUCCAUCACUAUUGCAGACUCUGCAGCUCGCCAGCCAGACAGGAAGAGGGACAGUGAGCAGAUGGCAGCAGAGGGCACAGACAACCAACCAGCAGCUAGCAGUACCAAUGAAGCCACUGACAAGACUGAAACAGAUGGUGCCAUGGGAGGAGCAGAUGAACUCACGCAGCCCUCUGAGGAGCAACUUGAAGAACCUGUAGUCAAAAAGCAGAGGACAGAGGGGUCAGAGGAACAAUGUGUUGUUGAGACAAUUGCAGAUACAGAUGGGGAAGUUCUGUCUUCAGAGUGUAACAGCAACACAGACAGCCAGCCUGAAGAUUGCAUCCUUCUGGAGGAAGGAUGCUCCACAGGAAGAUCAGGUGUUGUUGAAGCACUGGAGGAGAGCAAAGCUGCUGAGGUGCACAGCUGUUUGUCAGCCCCGUCCCCAUCUGCCAGGCUGAGUGAAGAUGACCAGCAGGUUGAUUUACUCUCAGAGGAGAUGCCACAGGGCAAAGAUGACCCUUUGGCUUCACCAGACAACCAGCCGGAAGAAGAGGAUGGUGUAGUGGAUGGCGCCAGCACGUUCUACUGCUACCUCUGCAGCAUUACCUGCCACAACCAGCAAAACUUCAGGAGUCAUAUGAACAGUGUUUCCCACCAGCAGAGGAUGAUGGAGAUCCAACACAUGAGCAACGCUUGCCUGGUCACCCUGCUGCCACGAGUGCAGGAGUCUCUACAGGACGCAAUCAAAGAUGGAGAGAAGAAAGCCGACUUGAAGCAUUGGUGUGCCACCUGUCACACCCACUUCACCAGUAGCAUCAUGGACCACCGUCGCACCGAGGAGCACAAACUUGCCAUAGCCAUCUCCUCCUGCACAGUCUGUAAGAAACACUUCAGGACCUCCCAGAUUUUUGUGGAGCACUUGCAGUCCCAGGAGCACAGACAGAAAUUAGAGAAGCUCCAGGAGCAGGAGGGCUGCGAGGCCUUAGGCAAGCUGACUGCUAUGGACACAGACGGCUUCUCGUUGGAAGAGGUGGAGGGCAGUGAGGUGGAGGAGGGAGAGAAAAGACAGACAAAUGAACAGGAUGACUUGUCCUCCCUUAAAGAAGUCACUCUAAAGGACAUGGCCAGUGAUGAGCAGUAUGACUCUGACACAGUCUACGGGUCCAGUUUUUUUGUUCCAGUAGCAGGUUUUAUCUGCAGACUCUGCAACAAGUUUUACCACUUUGAAUCGUCUGCCCUACACACCCACUGCAAAUCAAUCAAGCACUUUGAGAACCUCAAGAGGUACAGAGAGUUGCUGAGUCAAAAGAGUGGAGCUGUUGAAUCUUCCAGAGAGUCUCUCCUAGCUGCAGACAGCAUCAGACCUGUAACAGAAACCACCACAGACUGUACGGAUGAAAAUUCCCUUUCUGAUGAGACUGGUUUAGUGACUAACCUGAACUCCAUCCAGCCCAUCAUUACACUCACCCUGCAGACAGAAAACCAGCAAAAAGCAGAACCUGACCCAACCUCAAAGGACUCUGUCAGCACCUCAGCGACCAGCACUGGCAACACAGACCAAGAGCUCAGCCUCCACAUCAAGAAGGAAGAGCCCACAUCCCAGGUCUCUGUAGUUCUGGAGAGUCCAGCUGAGCUGCCUGCUGGUAGCAGAGAGGAGCCAGACUCGGAGCCAGCAGAUGCUGCUGAGGAGGCAAAUAGAGACGAGGAGGAGAGGGAAGCUCCUGCUGUCCCAGGGAAAAAGAAUGGCACAGGGAAGGCAAAACCCAAACGCAGGUCAGGCAGGGCCACAAACAGACGCUGAGUCACAGAUAAGAUGUGGAAAGAGUGGAAACCUGGCACAAUCGUAACCUUAGGACAGGAUGUGUCAGUAUGUGAAGAGAUUCUUCCAUGAAAUCGAGACCAAGACGUAAACAACCCUGCCUCUCUCCAUGUUGGGACUUUCUGAAUUAACCACACACCAACAAAUAGGAAGAAUGAUGGUGAAUCACGGUGGAGCAUGACUUCUUAUGUGAUGCUCUUCCAGGGUGGAAAAUGUAACACCUGACACAUCUCCAGCCUCGCCAUUAGAUUACAGCAAUCAAAAUUAGAUCAUUAUAAGAUAUGUAAAUGUAGCUCAGAACAAACACUUUUCCUUCCAUAUUAACAAAAUUGUAAAAAAUGCAUUUAUGCUGCCUAAAACCUAAUUUUAAUUAGGAGAAGUUUCUUAUUGGAUACCCACUAGAAAAACCGUUACCUGAAUACACAUGCUGUGUCUCAAUUCCAUACUUGGUACUUCAAAUCUAAACGGUGUCAAGAUGAAGUAUGCAUAAAACGUCAGUUGCACUAUUCUGCCACAAGGAGAAAAGGAAAUGGAGGAGCUGUUCACAGCAGCAAAACAUAAAAAAGAAUUGUGGAUAAAAACGCCCCACAUAACUACUGGAUGACUUGCCAUGAAUUUUAGUACAGACACUUGUGUCCUCAAAGAUGAGGGCUCAUUGUCUGCUUUUGCUAAUUUUCUAGCAAGUAAGAAAUGAUUGUUUAUAACCUACAAGUGAAGACCUUUUCAACAUUGCUAACCAUGUUGUGGCACAUGCUUUUAGCGAGCUGAAAUGUAGAAUCUAACCGGUUUGAGCGGGUGGCAAAUUUUGUUUAAAGAAAGGGUUAAAAGCGUAUUUUGGCUUGAGUGUCGAGCAAUGCUGAACCUUGAAUCUGAUGAUAGCUUUGUUCAGGGCUUUUGAUUAUCCUUUAUUUAUUUUUUUUGACAUUUUGUGUUCAAGUUGAUGCCGUGUUUGGGGCACAGAAGUUGUCAGCAGCUGUGGCCUUCUCACUGAAAUAGUGCGGGCAAUGGGAAGUUCUUUUGCACAAUGAAGAGUUCAAAAUGUGUUGGGAUUCAACACAAUAUGUAGGAGCUGAUGUAGUAUUGAACGCAUGUCAACAAUAUGUCUAAAACAUCUGUAACAUCUGCACACAGUCAUAUGAAAGAGAAAUUUGAAAGCUUGUCAAUCAAGGCAGAUAUAUGCUGCUUGAAAGUAUGUAAAGUUGUUUUUUUCUUCUUGCUGGGUGUUUUCUUCAGAGGAUCCACACAGACUUUUAGCUCAAAAUUGCAUAAAGAUAAAAGUACUUGCAUUUAAUGGAUUGUGUUGGCAUAACAGUGAUUUAUAUGCAAAAUCAUGUUUGAUGUCACAUUCCCAUUUACAUUUGCUAGUUUGCCUACUUAAAAAUUAAAAAAAAAUCCUUUCAUUUCCAUGGAGUUACAAACCGGUUAGUGGUAGCUGCUUGUUUCCUCCAGUUUACCAUUGCAUUAUUUUAUUUUUAGCUAUACACUGAACAGAUGGAAUCAAUUGAGUUAAUGUAAGGAGGAUAAACCAUGAAGUGUCUGUAGGUAUUUAUUGUAGCAAAUUGUCCUUGCAAACUUUAAACUCUGAUUUUAAGCAGCAGUAGAUUAUCCUAGUUUUAGAUUAUACAAAUGUAUAAUUUUGAUUUCAGCAGUCACGAGGCUUCAUAAUUAGUGUGUUGUUCUGGAAACAUUUCAUCCUAUGUAUUAGAAAAGGAUAUUUUAAACCACAGAAGUGGUUGGAUGACGCAUGUAGCAACUCUUGUAGUUAUGGUGGCGGCUGUCACAUGAUUAGUACGGCAUCAUAUUCUAUCUGAAAGAACGAGACACGAAACUGCUUUGAGAAUGGAAGGAAGCAGGAGAUAAAAGGAAGUGUAAAGGAUAAUUUCAAACAAAGCUGUAUGUUUUUAUUUUUAUUUAGCUACUAAAUGAAGGUGAACAAACAGAUGAUGUUUUCUAACUGCUGGAAGUUUUAUGUAUUUUUGGAUUUUUGUUUUCAGUCAUUUUAAUUUAUAUUAAAAUGUCUGACAAUUCCCAGA